AUGUCAUAUGCACAAUAUUAUCGAUACUUUAAAAGCAACAACAUAAUACCUCAAGAGCCUUCAAAUGAUCUAAAGGAAUGGUUGGAUAAAGAAAAGGCAAUUAUUUUUCCUUACAGUAUAUUUUCUGAUAUUGCUUAUAUCAAUGAAGGUGCUUCGGGAAAAAUUUAUAGAGCUAAAUGGAAGAGCGAUAUAGAUGUAGCAUUGAAAGAAAUUAAAGAUGACGUUGAUUCGAGACGAUUUAUUUACGAGUUUAGUUCACAUAAACAAGUUGAUUAUGGUGACAGUAUUUUGAAUAUUUACGGAGUAACACAAGAUCCUGACUCGAGAAAUUAUUUAUUGGUUUUGCAAUAUGCAAACCACGGGACGCUCCAUGAAUAUUUGUCUGUAAAUGCUGAUAAAUUGUAUUGGGGAAACAAACUAUGUUUGGCAUAUCAGCUUGCUAGUGGUAUACAAACAUUACACCAAGAAGGAAUAAUUCAUCGAGAUUUGCAUGCUCGAAAUAUUCUUGUAGUUAAUAACAAUAUUAAAAUUUCGGAUUUUGGAUUAUCAGGAUCCAGAAAACAAGUUUACGGAAACAUAAAAUAUACAGAUCUCAGAUACCCCAAAGAUGAGAAAUCGGACAUCUUUAGUUUAGGAGUUUUGUUAUGGCAAAUUUCAAGUUGUAAACCGCCGUAUGAAUCAAUUAAAGAUGUCCGGGAUAUUCAUCUGAAUAAUCUAAGAGAAACUAAAGUCGAUGGAACACCUGAAGUGUACUUUGAUUUGUACACCAGGUGUUGGGAUCCAGAACCAAAUAAUCGACCUGAUAUCAAAUAUGUUGUUGAAUGUCUUGACGAACUAAGACAACAUUAUUACACUGUACCAAAUAUUAUUCAAGAGUAUCCGAGCGGGUGCUUACAAAGUGCUUCGACAGAUCAUAGCCAUAGCAGUGGAACGUAUCAUAAGCUUGAUUUGCACGAACUUAUAAAUGAACGCCAUAUGAAACAAAUUAUGGGUAGCACUAGUAAUAGUAAUCAAUACAUUAGUGACUCUAACAUUUGUGACACUAACAACAGUGACAAUAAUGACAAUACAAUUAACAUUGAUAACUCUUUUAAUAAUGUAGAAGGCUGUAAAAAUGAAGUUGAUUAUCAUUCUGUCGGAGUGAAGAAUACAAUUAAUGACUUGAAAAUGUCAUUGAAUGGUGAUAAUGAAGAAGAAUAUGAACCUUGGUUUUUUUUAAUGAAACUUUUUUUAUCUCAAACAACGCCAAACUUUUCUUGUUACCUAAGGCGUUAG